UUAAAUCAACUUAUCUCCGAGAUUUCACUUGACGAACAAAGAGGCAAACAUAACAUCGCUCUUGUAAAUUACGAAAGAUAGAGACUGCAGUUUAUAAAAGAGUAGAUGUAUUUGAAUCUCCUUCCAGUUAGUUAAGUCUCUCUGCCAAAAAGAAAAAACAAUUACGUCACAUCUAAGCCCGAAUCUCAAGUAUACACUUUGAACAUUUGAAGGAACGGCAGCUCCCAUCAGUUCUACUUCGUAAUAUGGUUAUUUUGAACUGGUGUAUACUAAGUAUAUUAUAUUGUCUACUCGUUUAUCUCUGGUCAAUCGAAGGAAAGUCUGUAAAUAUCGACGAUUGCUACAACUCUACUAGAGAUUUUUAUCCAUAUUUGGCAUCGAGAACUCCGUAUGAAUUUGUCCAUGGUGAAAUCGAGCGCGUCGCAGGCUGUACCCCUCUGCAAAUAUGGAUGACGGCAAGGCAUGGCACUCGCUAUCCAGAUAAAUUGUCGAAGCAGCACAUGCUUGACUUGGAGAGCUUCCGAGAUCAAAUUGUCGCAAACCACCAACAUGGAAGGGGACAAUUGUGUCCUAAAGAUCUGACGGAUCUGCGACUAUGGCAGCCCGAUCCGAACUUUUAUGAAAAAAAUGGGACUUUGGGCGAAGCAGGUAAAAACGAGCUGCAUCUACUGGCUAAACGAUUAGAAGACGCGUUUCCUGAAAUUCUAGAUUCGAAUGAUCCAACGGACUAUAACUUCGCGGCAUCAAAACGCGCAAGUGCGACUUCGAGCUUGCUAUCGUUUGCUAACGCACUGCUCGAUACAAAUGCCACAGUGAAUUUUGACGGAGAAAAGUUGAAAGAAGAUCAAGACUGCGACAGGUGGAAAAAGGAGUAUAAACAUGAAGUACAAAUGACGGAGUACAGAAGGUUUGCGACUGGACCGGUCAUGCAUCGAACUUUAAAUGAAGUCAGCCAAAGACUAGGUUUCACCGAAAAAGUUGGCUUUGAUAUAGUGAGCGUCAUGUAUGACGUGUGUCGUUUUGAGACUGCAUUAGACGCCGGAAAGAUUUCCAAGUGGUGUACCGUCUUCUCGAAAGAAAAUUUAAUGGUGUUCGAGUACCUCAGUGAUCUUGACUAUUACUACUGUUGCGGACCGGGAAAUACGUUGAGUAGAAAGCUGAACUGUAACAUUCUGAAAAAGUUAUUCAAAGCCUUUGAACAGCUGGAAAACAGAAAUAUCGAAAAUCAGCCAAAAGGUACAUUCAAUUUUGGCCAUUCGUCAAACAUUCAAUCGGUGAUGACGUUAUUAAAAGUCUUCGAUCACGAGCAACCAUUAUUAGCAUCUAAUUACGAGUCAAUGAAAAGUAGACUUUACAACACAACGUUCAUGAAUGCAUUUACUUCCAAUAUCGUAGCUGUCUUCUACAGAUGCGAUAACAUAACAAUGCCGAACCAAGUGCAAUUUCAUAUUGCUGAAAAUCCAGUAGAAAUACCAGGCUGCGAAGGGCCCUCCUGCGAUUGGGAUUACUUGAAACGAGAAUUUCAGCCGAUGCUUGAUCAAUGUGAUGCGAACUUCUGCGAUGUCAUGCAAAAUGAUACAACGACAAGUGCAUCGGAUACUUUUAUUAAUAGACAUAUUGGCAAUCCCCUACCUAUCAUCUUUAUUACAUUUAGUUUUUACACUUAUAUAUUUGAAUAAUUCAAUGAAAUUGUAGAAUACUCGGCCAGGAAUUUAGCAUGUACAUAUUAUUUUUUAAGUACUUGUAAAUUCAUUGCUAAUUAUAAUUUUCUAUCUGUGUUUUAUUACUUGCAAGAUUAAAUCUUUAUACAUUAUAGUUUCUGAUAAAUAUGUAAAAACAAUUGCUGCUGAAAUAUUCACAUUUAUAUCGUCUUCCUUUUUCAUGGUGUAUCAAAAAUACUUUUGAUGU